AGCAUCCACUUCAUCUUCCCCGUCUUCACCGCGUCUUCGCCUUUAUAAAUUACUCCCCACUUCACUCCCACUUCUUCCACAAACCCAAAUUCAUCUCUUCAACUUCAACUCACAAACCCCAACAGAUCUCCAUUCCCAAUCCUUACAAUGGGCGAGAAAAAGAAUGAUGACACCACCACCGCCGUCUUCAAGAUCGAUAUCCACUGCGAGGGCUGCGCCAACAAGCUCAGAAGGUCCGUCCGACAAAUCCCAGGUGUUUCCAGAGUCAGAGCAGACUGGGAGGCCAAUAAGCUUACGGUGAUCGGGAAAUUCGACCCGGCUAAGCUCCGAGAUUAUCUCGCUGAUAAAGAAACCAAGAAAAUCGACAUUGUGUCAUCGGAAAGCAAGAAAGAAAAGGAGUCGACGAAGAAACAGGACGAUGAAAAACCGGAUAAGAAAACAGAGGACAAGAAGCAGCCGAAAGACAAAGAGAUUCCGGUGACGACGGCGACGUUGAAGGUGGAACUUCACUGCCAGGGUUGCAUCGAGAAGAUUUACAAAGUUGUAUCCAGAACAAAGGGAGUGGAAGACAUGGCGAUUGAGAGACAAAAGGAUUUAGUAAUGGUGAAAGGGAAAAUGGACGUGAAAGCUUUGAUUGAGAACUUGGAAGAGAAACUGAAGCGGAAAGUCGCAGUGGUGGUACCCAAAAAGGAUAAAGACGAGGGAGCAAAGGGAGGAGACGGCGGCGAUAAGAACAAGACCGGAGGAGAGGUAGCUCAAGGGGGAGGAGCAAUGGAAGGAAACCGGCUUGAUUACGUGGCAGUUCCGGUUCCGGGUUAUGGAUACGGGUACGGAUACGGAUACGGGUAUGGAAAUGGUGGAUUUGUUGGACAACAUAUGCCUCCUGCUCAACCCUUGAUUUCCCCUCAAAUGUUUAGCGAUGAGAACCCGAAUGCUUGCUCCGUUAUGUAACAAAUAAUAUUAGUUUUUUUUAUUUAUUUUUUAAAAAAUGUAAUUUGUCAUUGAAUUUUGUAAGACUUUAUUCCAAUUUUUCUUUAGAGUCUUGUUAGAAGUUUUAUAAAUAAUAGUGUAAUUUUGUUUAUUUGUGUUUGUUGUAUUUAUUAUCGUUUUGACUAUUUAAGGUAAGAAAGGGAAAUGCUUCAUAUGCAAAUAAGGUUAAAAAAUAUUUGGUGAUGCUAUUCAUAAAUUC